AUGAUCUCCUACGUCAUCGGCCUUGUGGCGGUCCUCGUCUUCUUCGCCGAUCCCAUCACCCGGCUCUUCUCUCCGUCCGGGCCUGGUGGCCGAGGCCGGAUGAUCCGGACGCCCCGGCCGCAGAUGAACGAGUCGCUCCUCGCCAUCGAGUACCUCAACGCCACGGCGCUUUCGUGCCCGUCCGAUACGUACUCGGUGCGCAUCUUCUCCAAAGAGCCGCUGGUGUUGUACAUCGAGGGAUUUCUUAGCUCCGAGGAAAGGGCGCAUUUGCUCGAGAUUAGCCAACCCCUCUUCGAACCUGCAACAAUUACUCACGACGGCGCUGGUGUCCAGCGCGACACCUCGAUCCGCGAGUCCGAGGUCGCCAUGGUCCCACGCACCGACGUCGUCCGCUGCAUCGAGGCCCGCGCCCGCGCGCUGCAGGGCUGGCGCGAGGAGCUCUGGGUCGAGAGGUUGCGUACGCAGCGCUACGUUGAGGGUGGACACUACUCGUACCACUUUGACUGGAGCGCGAACCGUGGUGGAUGGGGGAGAGUGAGCAGCAUGAUGGUCUGGGUCGACGCACGCGACGAGAAUGAGACGCCUGGAGAGGGUGAGGGCGAUGGCCUCGUCGGUGGUGGGACGGAGUUUCCGUUAUUGAGAGUCCCGGGUGUCAAGGAAAGGUGGUGCCGGUUUGUUGAAUGCGGUGAGAAGAGAGAAGAAAGGGAUGACAGGCAGGAAAUGGGUGAGGGCGAUGACGAGGAGAAUGGAGUUGUGUUCAAGGCAAUCCCCGGAAAUGCGGUCUUUUGGGAGAAUUUUCGCGCCGAUGGGAGUGGUGCUGGGUAUGAUGAGACGUGGCAUGCGGGUUUGCCCGUCAAGAAAGGCGUCAAGGUCGGCUUGAAUAUCUGGAGUACGGGACGGAUAGACUAG